AUGCCAGGUCCAUUCGCUGUUUUCCGACGAAAGUGGCCCGCGCCAGUUUGGGAACCAAUGGCUCCAUUCAUCAUCGCCGGCGGCAUCGUAUACUGGGGAGUUUGGCAAGGACAGAACGCUCUAGCGAACACCGACGAAUUCCGCAACGAUCCACGAAACCCAAACGCUAAGCCAUCUAAGCCAGCAUCGCACUAA